AAUGAGGAUAUUUUAAAAAUAAAAUAUCCACAAUAAUCCAUUUGUUCGUUGCGGAGACCCAAACCCCGCCCAACGACCCCAUAUACAUGGUCGCAACCAGAGCUCUCGCACUCUGUAAUGGCUUUGAAUCCAUGGCCGCUCCUCCACCACCUCCCGCUCCACUCUUCAUCCCACUCCUCUCAGCUCUUCUGCUCCCAACUCAGAUCAAGGACCGAGCUCUCUGCAUUCUCUCCAAUUUCGCUCAAGCUCUCCGUCUCGCUCUCGCCGAGACCUAAGUGCUUCAGAUCGGCGACCGAGGAGGACCGGUUCAGCGAGCCUGAAACCCCAUCCGAUGACGAAGAAGCUAGAUCAGACGACGAGGUUCAGGUCAACAGCCAGCACCAUGCCUCGACGACGACGAAGACGGCGACAAGGAGUGGUGGUUCGUUGAGGGUUACGACAAGUGAUUCUCUGUCGCUUGGGAUUCGUGAGCCGGUCUACGAGGUGGAAGUAGUGAAGACUAAUGGGACGAUAUCUACUAGAAAAAUCAACAGACGUCAGCUAUUGAAGUCAAGUGGUCUUCGUCCCCGUGAUAUCCGAAGUGUUGAUCCUUCAUUGUUUCUGACAAAUGCGGUGCCUACUUUGCUGGUCCGUGAGCAUGCUAUUCUGUUAAAUCUAGGCUCGUUACGCGCAAUUGCAAUGCAAGAGCGUGUCCUGAUUUUUGACUACAACAGUAUAGGAGGGAAAGCAUUUAUAGAAGCAUUGCUGCCUCGAUUGAACCCCAAAAAUAUGAAUGGAGGACCAUCUAUGCCAUUUGAGCUUGAGGUUGUUGAAGCAGCAUUACUCUCAAGAAUACAUCGUUUAGAACAAAGAUUAAUGGAUGUAGAACCUCGUGUUGAAAAGUUACUUGAGGUUUUGCCGAACCGGUUAACUGCUGACAUACUGGAGCAGCUUCGGAUUAGCAAGCAAACCUUGGUUGAAUUGGGCUCACGGGCAGGGGCUCUCAGACAAAUGCUGUUUGAUCUAUUGGAGGAUCCCCAUGAAAUACGCCGUAUAUGUAUUAUGGGGAGAAACUGUACACUCAAGAAGGGAAACGAUGAUGUUGAAUGCGCAGUUCCUUUAGAGAAGCAGAUCGCUGAGGACGAGGAGGAAGAAAUUGAGAUGCUCUUGGAAAAUUAUCUUCAAAGAUGUGAAUCUUGUCAUGGACAGGCCGAAAGGCUUCUUGAUUCUGCUAAAGAAAUGGAAGAUUCUAUAGCUGUCAAUCUGAGUUCUCGGAGGCUUGAGGUUAGCAGAGUGGAAUUACUACUUCAGGUUGGGACGUUUUGUGUGGCGCUUGGCGCUUUGGUUGCAGGUAUAUUUGGCAUGAAUUUGAGGUCCUACCUUGAAGAACAUGUGUUUGCAUUUUGGCUUACAACAGCAGGGAUAAUUGUUGGAGCUGUUGUGGGAUUUGUCCUCAUGUAUUCCUAUCUCAGGACAAGGAAAAUAUUGUAACUAGUAGAAAGUGAUUCAAGUAUAGGACAUUUCAGAGGCCAAGAACACUCAGCUGCCAAUGCUUUGAUAUGAUUAACCAGUCCUUUAUGCAGCAGUACUAUUUCCACAUUAUUUAUGGGCUCUAUGAACUUGUACUCAGUUUCUCCUACAAGAUUGCAGCAGCUGUCGACACGUGUGAAUCGACGUGAUCCGAAUGCCAAAUGCUGGAUGGAUCCAGAGCUGGUCUUACUGUGUAUGCAACAAAUGUUUGUGGGGCUUGUAUAUUUUUGCCAAUCUGAAUGCAAGGUUGUAUCAUUUAACUGACUAAAUUUCAAGAGUAGAACUAGUUUCAUCCUUAUAAUAAAA